AAGCCUGACCAUCGCUAUUCAAUUGAGUCAGUGAUUCAGUAUAGAAAGUACGUCCACGAACAACCAAGUCCUUCGGAGCAGACAAAACGGGACCUUUACGGAGGUAAAUAACGGAAUAUUUUUGGCGUCGAAACUUGUUGUAUUGUACGAGGGCAUGUUGUGAGAGAAGCUUUAUCUGAAUACUUACGACAAUGAAAGCUAAAAAGUCAAGAAAAAUCCAUUGUAAAGAGAAAAACCUCAACACGGCCCGCGUAUUUGGUGGAAUCAAAAUGGUGGCGAUGGAUUCCGAGGAUGUAAUACAAAUCUCGCCUCUCACAUCCCUCAACUUGGCCCGUACCAAACCACAUCGCUGCAUUUUUGUAGACUGCCGUUCGUUUUUGGCCUAUAACGUGGCCCACAUUAAGGACUCACUCAAUAUCCACUGCCCCCCGAUACUUAAAAGACGAUUACAACGAGGUAGUGCGACUUUAUCAAGUUUAUUGACUUGUCCGGAAUCGAAACUCGCCAUAGACGAAGCAGAAACUUUGAUUUAUUACGAUGAAGAAACUUUUAAUUGGAACGAACUUGAGCCGGAUACAACUAUCAAAAUAGUUGCUACACUACUACGAAGAGAAAGAAAAAGAUCCAAGCACUUUUUCCUUAAAGGAGGAUUUCAACGCUUUUCUUCGUUAUACCCAUCCAUGUGCGAGUUCGUCAAGCCUCAUCACUAUUCAUCGUCUCAAACAAGCCCACUGGCGCUAAAGCUAAAAAGCGGAGAUGCACGAAAGACAUUCAGCCCUCRCUUCGAAAAUGACCCCAAGAAAGAAAAAUAUCCUUGUAAAGAAGACAAUGAAAACGAACCCGUAGAGAUCUUGCCUUAUCUUUAUUUGGGAAGCGAGGUGCAUGCCUCUAGGAUUGAUCUUCUACAACGUUUGGGUAUCACUACAAUUAUGAAUAUCUCGAGAAACAUCCCAAAUUACUUCCAAGGAUCAUUUGAGUAUAAAAACAUCCCCGUAGACGAUACUUAUAAUGCAGAUAUAGAAAGCUGGUUUGAAGAAACUGCUCAAUUCAUAGAUAGCGUCAAAAACUCCGGUGGACGUGUACUUGUGCAUUGCCAAGCAGGAAUAUCAAGAUCAGCUACGAUUUGCCUUGCGUAUCUCAUCGGUAGGCUUCGAUUCCGACUGGACGAGGCGUACGAGUUCGUCAAAAAGCGUCGUUCGAUUAUCUCACCGAAUUUCAAUUUUAUGGGACAAUUAUUGAAAUGGGAGUCUGCGAACCAACCAGCGCGGAGAGUGGAUGAGUUGAAGACGCCAGUAGCGAAUAGUAACUACGGAUUUUUUAAUUUUUCUUCUCUUCCGUGUGGAUCUGAGAUUGUUCCAAGUAGCCGAAGUCCAGGACUUGUGACGACACCGAUAUAAAUAUCUUUAUAUAUAAUCCAAUUUUAACCUUUUUUUAUAUUUAAAAACACGAAAAAUAUAACACAAAAAUAUAUAUUUGUACAUAGUUAAAGUUUUAUGAAGAAAAAUAUAUUGGCUGCAAUUUCAAAUAGAGUUUACAAAAUAUUCAAAGCGCCAUUUCUCAAUAAAAUAACCCUCCUUUUUAGCAUUUUAAAAUUCUGAAAUUUCUACGUAAAUAUUAUAUCAAUAUUUUUUGAAAAAUUGAUCAAAAGAAUAGGCAAAAUCAAGCGUUAUUUACUAAUUCUUUUUAAACCUUUGCUGUAUUUUUAUACGCUUUUUCGUAGACUAUUGCCUCGAGAAGAGUAUUUCGAAAAAAUAUGAAUGUGAAAGUACUGCAGAGCAAAUGAUUAAAGUUUUGGUCAAAAGCGAAGAAAGUUAUUCGGUCUAGCCUAGAUUUUUUUCCCAUGCAAUUCAAUGAUAGAAACUUCGUAAUAUGUAGGAAAAGCUUGAGUCGUCCUUUACUAGAUUCACACAAGAUAGCCCAUUUUGAAAUAACUGAUAUUACAUUAGAUAUUAAUAGAGAAUUCUUUUCGUAUUCAAGCAGUGAGCGCCAAAAACUAUUUUCUUGAAGAAAGGCUGUUGUACAAGGCUAAAAUCUUGUUAUUCAGAAAGUGCUUCAAACAGCCUUUUAUCGUCAUAGUACAUUAGUUUCUAACUGUUUAAAAAAGGUUUUGAGUGUUAACCCAAAACGAAAAUUUGGAUCAAAACUCAAACGAAAGACUAGUUUUUGGCGCUUUUUGCCAUUAUUGCUCAUUGCUGAAAAAAAUUUCCUCUUUAGCUAAAACAAUGAAGAAUAACUUCCACAAUAAUAAUUCAGCUAACUUGAUAUUUGAAAACAGCCUUUAUAUAUCAUACAAUGAAAUUGUAAAUAAUAUUAUACAUAGAUAUAUGAACUUGAAAAAAAUUGUUUUGUAAAUAAUGCAAAAGCAAAAGGUUAAUACGAGAUUUUUAAAUUUGACUUCCUUGUCUAAAUGAAGGCAUGAAAAUAUAUUUGAAAAAGUGAAAGACAAUAAAUACUUUGAAAA